AUGAUCAAGGAGUUCUCAGUGUGGUGGCGAGAAGGCAAGGUGCCUUUGCCGGAGUACACCCAGCGCCGGAUCACGUGGUGGGACCACAAGCCCCACCUCCCAGAGGAGCUGCAGCUUCAAUCCAGGUCCAAGGAUCGCCACCGCAUCUUCGACGAGCGCUGGCUCUACCUGCGGCGACUGGUGAAGGCGAAGAAAGAGAGGCGAAGAGUCAGGGCCACCGAAUGGGGGGAGGAGAGGAAGAAGCAGCUGGCCGAGAAGGCCCAGAAGAAGCAGGAGCGGCGGGAGCGCGCGCUGAAGGCCAACCCGGGGAAGCCAGAAGGAAACGGAUCAUUUUGA